AUGGCUCUUACGAUGACUAUAGUUUUGCUUGUGCCUCUUGAUUUUGAGAUUGGCGAAUCUAGGAAGGUUUCAUCGGUGGCCGAUUAUUCGGUGGAUGUCGAAAAUGAGGUGGGUGAAAUCAAAGUGCAUUUGGGGAAAUCAGAGAGAGAUUGUCGAAUCUGUCAUCUGAGUUUGGAGAGUACUGGUCCUGAGUCUGGGAUUGCCAUUGAAUUGUGUUGUUCUUGUAAGGAUGACUUAGCAGCAGCUCAUACGCAUUGUGCUGAUACUUGGUUCAAGAUUAAGGGAAACAAAAUGGCUUCGUAUCAAUUCCGCAACCAGCCGAAUCAGGCCUACAAUCCCUUCUCUAAAAGUGAAAUCCGCCAUAGUCGUUCCAAAGCUCAAAUGUGCCUUGAAAAGAUUCUACUCAUAAUUUCGUCUUUCCCUCCUGAUUCAACCUCCUCAAAGCAACCAACUUCGACUGCUCAACUCCAAGAAUCAGAUGAUUCUAUGACAAACGAAAACAGGGCUUUGCUUUGUGUGAAUAAAGGGUUUGAUAUGGACUUGAAAAAUAGCUUAGAUCCACCAUCAGAGAUACGGGAAUCGAAGUCCGCCGCCGGAGAUGAAAGGCUGGUCAGUGGCUGUAGCGCCGUCGCAGAGGGUUGGGUAAGUGAUUUUCCGGCCGUAAGUAGUGGUGUUUUGAGGAUUGAUAAGAUCUUAGAAGGUGAAUGUGCUGAAAUGACGGCGGAGAAGAAGUACGGAAGCGAUUCAUCAGCUAUAGAUGCAAAUGAGGAAGAAGAAGAAGAACCGGCAAUAGUUGCAGAGAAAGCCAUUGGGGUUUCAUCGCAAGUUCAAACCUUGGAGAGUGACGACGAUGGAGAUUCUGAAAAAACUAACGGCGAAGAACAAAGCAACAUCGAACAAGCUAAAAAUGAAGAAAUCAAUGGCGAUGGAUUUCUAGGCUUGUUAAUCGAAGCCGCAGAGUUGAUUUUCGGCGAGUUCAGAGAUGAUGAAUCGGAGGUUCACAAUCACAAAUCCACCGGAACAGAAACGGCCGUGAAAAAAAUUAACGCGAAGCGGCCGGAGCCGAACCAUUUUCCGGCUUACGGGGAUUUCGAGGACAUCUCGCCGGUGGUCCGAUCAAAGCGGGGACGUAGUCAGGUUCUGCCGUACAAGUACAGAGACUCCGUUCUCGAGCCAUUAACACCAUUGUCGCGACACAGAUCAAACAUGGUUCCGACGAAAAGAAGAUCAAGAUGAAGACAUAUAGAUACAACAAAUAUUUAGUAUCACUUUUUGCAGGCUCAG